CUGUGAUCACAUGAACAUUAGCAGGAAGUAGAAGGAGAAAUGCAUAGUGGAUUUGGAAUCACUGACACUCACAGGGUAGAUCACUUUCACAUCCGGGCAACUUGCAUUCAAACCGGAGAGUGAGAUUUAAAAAACAACAACAACAACAACAACAAAAACGUUAAAUCCGUUAAUCGGUAGCUCUGCGAUGAAGGGUAUUACUUCAACAUCACCACUAAGAUUAAAUCUAGACUAAAUAUUCAAGCUAUCGAACUGGAUUGCUGUCCUAUUUUAAUAUAUUAUUAUAUUAUGUUUUUCAUUAUAAUAAACGCUCCUUAUUGUGUUAACACGAGGCAACACCAUAUUAGGAAAAGUUCGUUUUACUCAAGCUUUUGUAAAUAUACAGCUCCCUCUGGUGGUCAUUUAGUACAACUGCUGCCAGUUUAUAAACAGUUUGAGCCAAUGUUUGCACAUCCUCCUUACAUUUACGGCAUUUGGCAGACGCCCUUAUCCAGAGCUACUUACAAUUAACUCAUAUAUACAACAUGAGGGUUAAGGGCCUUGCCCAAGGGCCCAGCAGUGACAGUUUGCUGGUGCUGGGAUUUGAACUCAUAACUUUCCAGUAGUUAAAAUUCCAAAACUGAGACCACUGAGCUACCCCUUUCCCAGCUUCCUCCUCAAGUAGGUUGAGUCCUAGAAGUUUGGUAAAUUGGUAGCAUGAGGAAUCCUUUGUAUUUAAACCUCCUAAAUGUGUUGCCGAACUAAAAAACAACAUAUUUGGUUUGUUGUGGUACUAGAACAAGUGUAACAAUAAAUGGGCAUUCAGAGCCUCACUCGUAACUUUUUUAAUAAAACCCUCAGGGGGCUUUUAACAAUGGACACUGUCCCAAAGUAGCGUUAUAAAAUAUGAAUUUAUAUGUUAAUGUGUCUAAGUUAAACCUUUACAAGUUUAUCUCUAAUAAACGAGCCUGUGGCGACAAUGAUUAAGAAAGAACUCUAAAAUGCUUUGAGGAAGGAACCUUGAGAGGAACCAGACUCAAAAGGGAACCAAUCUUCAUCUGGGUGCCACCGAAUGUCCAGUUUUUUAAUUGCUGAGGUGUACUGUUCAGUGAUGGGUGCUUAAAUGUAGAACGGUUCAUGUCAGUUGCAGUCCUAAGCAGGGUUUAUAUUAUUUACAGUCCAAAUCCAAACUCAGUUCUUGAGUAACUUCAUGGAUCUUUAAGCUGUUCAUGUGGAACCAUCCUCAGCUGCACUGUGUCUCCAGUUGAAGAGAACUGCAUCCAGGGGUGGUAGGGUAUUAGAAUGAAUCAGGCAGAUUUGAAACAAAGGAGGGGGCCAUGUUGCUGUUGACUGGUACCACAGGAACAUGUUUAAUUCGACAAACUCGAGAAACUUUGAAUCGGAGAUUCUCUCAAAUCUGCACAAUUUAGAUAUGACGCUAUAAAUGCAUACAAUUUGUAUCAGUGAGUUGUGGUGUGGGGGUCUACAUUUCUUCAUUUUACCAGUCACAAGUUUAUCACCUGCAGUUCGUCUCCAUUCACUGUGUGAUGCACAAUUGGAACACCCCAAUUGUACAAGUGUGCAGAGAGAUUUUUUUAGUCAGCUUGCUUUGCAAGUAUGAAAAAGCCUAACAAAUGACAUGUUAACAAAAAUGAUGUGGAUAGUUUACACCAACAAGAGACGAACUACAAUGAACUUGAGUAAAACGAGUGUAAGAAUAUAACAGCUUGUUUCCUAACAUUACUAAAUCAGGCCCCUCGAAAUUUUAUUAAGAAGAAAUAUUACCAGCAGGAACCUGUAUAAACUAUUAUAAUUAAUCAAUGCCUUCAAAUCUGUUAGUUUUCCAUAAGUCUGAGUGUUAAUAUGUACCACUGAACAACACAGUUGUGUCACCGCAUUAUUGCAUGGACCCCACAUGCCAUGUAGAUGAAUACACUUUGUGGUAUUUUGCAGGUCAGUUCAACCAAAUGUUCAGCUAAAACAUUUGACUUCGAUUAUUAGCUUAAUAAAAAGCUUUUAUAAGGUUUAAUAUCUCAGUGAGAACCAUAUAAACUCACUGUAUAUCUGACUGUAAUUCGUUCUCACUUUUAAUCAUGUGCAUGUCGGCUUUUCUGAGUACCGUCUUCUCACAAUGUGACUUUUGUCUUACUGGAACUUUCUCUUGCCACCUUCUGUUUUUUUUUACCACUUAACACCAUACUUCUGCUUAACCACUUAAAUUUUUCAAACAUAAAAAUAGCCCGAGUUGAACUGAUCUCAUGUCAGCGAACAGAGAUGCUUAGCACCGUGAGCUUUAAUUUCCUGAUUCUGAUGCUGUCUUCUUGGUGUGAAAGUGGGUGUGUGUGUGUGGCUCAGUUUUGCCCUUCUGCUUUUGUUCUACACUCAUCACUGAGGGAGGAUCCAUCAUGUUUGGAGGGUUCUCUCUGCUGCUACCCAUGCUGCUCACCCUAACCUUCCUUGUUUCAGACAGUGGCUCUGUAAUCAGGAAUCGGGGUUUCUCCGUGGUGUGGAACAUGCCCACCUCGAAAUGCAAGAAUGUGUUUGAUGUUUCCUUGCCCCUGAAGCAGUAUGGCAUCAUACACAAUGCAGAACAAAGAUUCAGAGGUGAAAGCAUAAGUCUGUUUUAUGAACGCCGGCUUGGUUUGUAUCCAUACAUCGACCGCGAGGGCUUCAGUGUGAAUGGCGGGGUUCCUCAGAGGGGCGAUCUUGAGAAUCACCUUGAAAUGUCGGAGGCACAGAUACGUUCACUUAUACAGAGAAGUUUCAGUGGGUUGGGUGUGGUGGACUGGGAGAAAUGGCAGCCUCUCUGGGUUCGCAACUUCGGCAUCCGACAGGCUUACAACGAUCUGUCUAAGCAACUGGUACGUGAGAAACAUCCAGACAUGUCUGAGGAGGAAGUCACGUUGCUGGCAACGGCUGAGUUUGAGAAAGCAGCACAGGCGUUCAUGGAGAAAACGCUGCAACUUGCAGUCAAGGCUCGGCCCAAGGGAUUGUGGGGGUUUUAUGGAUACCCUGGCUGCUAUAAUGAUCGUGGGGCAAAAGAGAGUGGGUACACAGGAAAGUGCAAAUCUGGAACACAGGCACUAAAUGACAAACUGGCAUUUUUAUGGCAGCAGUCCACUGCUCUUUACCCAAGUGUCUAUGUGUGUCCUCGGCUAGCAGGACACCCGAACACCCGGCUUAUGGUAAGACACCGUGUCCUCGAGGCGUUCCGAGUGGGAGCACAGCAUGGAGGUGAUGCCCCCCGACUUCCUGUUUUACCGUACGCUAGAGUGGCCUUUACAAAAACUCUGCACUUCUUAAACAAGACUGAUCUAGAGAACACGCUUGGUGAGAUUGCGUCUUUAGGUGCUGCUGGUGUGGUGUUGUGGGGUGAAAUGGGUUUUGCCAAGUCUAAGCACCAGUGUGAUCUUCUCCGGCAAUACAUUCUCUCAGUCUUGGGUGUGUACGUGAACGAUUUGCAUCGGGGUGUUACACGUUGCAGUAAGAGCGCGUGCAGUGGUAACGGUCGCUGCGCGAGACGCAACCCUCAUUCCGAUCACAUGAUUUCCCUGCUCGACACUGGGGGUGAACAUGGCCAUGACCUAAGAUCAAAAUUCAAAUGUCUGUGCUAUGAAGGGUGGCGUGGAGAGCAGUGUGAGGAGAACAUCGCGGAUGUGAAGUGAAGCCAGUGCUAACACAACUUCCAGAUCGUGUUUUAAAUUCUGAAAUUUUAAAUAAUCAGUUCCAGCACAAAGUAGUUUUUUGUUUUAUAGGGGUUUUUUUUAUUGUUUUAUGCAAAAUACACAUAUCUCAUCAAAAUAACACAUGGUCCUUAUGUACCUGUUAUAUGAUUUGUACAGCUUUUUUAUAAGCAGUCAUAUUCUUUGGCAAAUCUCUCAAAUCUCCAGAUGUUAAGGUUAGCUGCAAAGCAGAUUUUGGUGUUUUUUUAAUCAGAUCGAUCACUGUAAUACAAAUGUGAUUCUCCUUCUACUGUGUUCAUUUAUAGUGACACUCCUUAGAACAGAACUAAACUGCAAACUUUAAGUACAAAUGCAAAAAUGUGGUGGGUCAGUCUGUUAUCAGGGUACAACAUUGGACCACAAGAUCCACUGAAUUUUGAGGCUGCAUUUGGUUGAGUCAUGUUCCAGCUUUGCUGCCAUUCUGAUCAUUGAUCUACUAAAGAAGAUAAUUUGCAAAUCCAGCUUUGUUUAAUAGGUAAAUAAAAGUAGAACAGAAGCUGUUUAAAGCACCUAAUAAGUCUAUAUACUAAAACAUAGCUGUAAUCCACAUGCCUGAAUCUCAGUUUGCAAGCUACUGACUCCAAAUGGUGCUCAUAAAUCUACUGGACUACAUACUGACUGGUAAUCUGUAUCACAUCCACAAACAUACACACCAUUAUUACUUCAUCAUAUUACUACAUGAUAAGACUCUGAAUAAUCAUUAUUCGUAGUCACAUUAUACGGCGUGUGUCUGCACUCUUAAAAGAUUGCAUGAUUUUUCAUCUUGACACACUUUUUGAUUGACCUGGUACACUGUUUUACAUACACAACAACAUGUUUUAGAUAUCUGUACAUGGUUUGUGCUGGGGGGUGAGUGUCUGAUGUCCAGUGCUGUCAGGUUUCUGCAAAGUCCUGAAAUAUGGUGGACAUUUAUUUUGUUCUUUCUUGCCUUUCCCUCAGUUCCUCAACAAGUCUUUGUAGAGUUCUGUUCUGCUGGACUGAAGAAAAUAAACACACACAGUAAAACUGAAA